UUCCGAUAUUAAGUUUCAGUGGAACUUUAAAGAUUCUAACAGAAGGGGAUCUGUUUUAUCUAUUCGUAUAUCAUUGAAAGUAUAUAAUGUCAGUGAUACAACCGGUUGGUCGGGGAGAUUAUUUUAUCCCUCGAGAGUAUAGAAGACGGCCUAACAUCGAGGUGAUUCUUCAAGAUAUGGAGUCUUAUAUCAACAAGCGAACAUUAGACAUUGCCGAUCGAGAAUAUGUCACACUUAUGGAUAAUGAAUAUCAUCUCCUCAAGAAGUAUCGAGAUAAGUAUAAUGCAUACGUACAAAACAUACAGAGAAUAGAUAAACAGAUAGCAGCUGAUUCCGACUUUUUGACUGCCAGUAACCUGUAUGUAGUACUAAAGAAAGCAUGCGAUAACUGGCGACCUAAAGGGAAAACUGCCAUGGAAGAAUUUAGAGAACUACAGAAUUUUACAAAGCUUUAUAGUGACUUAGAGCGUUCAUAUGGUAAAGAUGGUGGAACCUACAAAGCUAUUCCUAACGUCCAUACCUCCAUACUGGGGCAGCAACCCAAAGAUGAAUAUAGUCCUCGUAGUCAGAGUUAUGAAUCUCCAAGAUCGGAUUCUAAGGCUCUAUCCAUCUCGUAUGUUCCGAUUGAAGCUUAUGAAAAGUUAGAAAGGAAAUUGGGUAAACAAGAGGAAGUCAUUGCAAGAAAAGGAGCAGAAAUAAAUGAGCUAAGGAGCAGGAUUGGCAGCAUAUCAGCUAGGGAUUCUUUUCCUGAACAUCUUAGUCCUACAAAAAUAGCGGACAAAUUUAAGAAUCUGUAUGAGGUAGAAUGGUAUGCUGCUGUGGGAUUGAUUGGCACUAAACAAGGACAACGGAGGCAUCAAACAUCAGAGGAGGAGGACUAUGCAAUAUAUAAACUACUUCGAAUAAUCAGAUAUGGCUACACAUGGUGCAAGAAGCUGGCUGCAGAGCAGUUAGAUGAACUUUCUGAUGCCAUGUCACAACCUGUAGCAGAUCCUGGUGUAAAACCGGCCUCUCGAUUGAGUAACACAGUAGCAAAAACACCAAGAACAGGGAGAGUGUCGUCCAACCUAGUUUUACAACAAGCCAGAGAUUUCAGGAAGCAGAUGGCUGUCUCGUCAGUCGAUGCCGUGGUAGAUAGGUUUAAAGUAGAAGUGAUAAAAGACGAGUUAGGUAUGGAUAUCCAGCAAUUGUCACCUACAGUUAUCAAGUUUAUCCACAAAGCAGCCGAGUUAUUGUGGUAUAUGUGUAUACUUGAUCCCCCAAUGUACAUUGCCUGGCCGGAAUAUAACGAAACAUUUGAUACAACAAAAUAUAUAUUUUAUAAACAGAAAGAUAAAGGACGGAAAGUAAAGGUUCCUGUCUGGCCUGCUCUUUACCUACAAGAGAAGGGACAGCUUGUAACAAAAGGUUUUGCAAAAGGAUACUAAAAUUUAUCAACGAUUACUGUGAAUUAAUAUGUCGGUUGAUUUUGGCGAAAUUGCCAUCAUGGUAUAGUCCUGUAAUGCUUGACAAUAAUUUCUAUUUCAAAUUUCCACAUUACGUUUGAAUUUCGUUUAUACAAAGUUAUUCCGUCAGACUAAAGUUUUCUUAAUAUAUUUUUUAUUAAUGUUUUAUAGUUUGUGGUGUACUCUUCUGCAAUAAUUGUUCAACCGGUUUCACUUUGUACACCAACGACCGAGUUAAUAUUGAACUUUUAACUUUUAGUUAUUAUCCUCAAUUUUGGUAAUUGAUAAAUUCCAAUAUCAAAUUAAAAAGGAAAAGUCAAAGUUCAGCACCAUAGGUACAAAUGUAGUACAAAAAGAGUUGAAGAAUUGUCGUGUUAUUUGUUGAAUUAUGCAAAUUUUGGUAAAAAACCGCAUCUGAUCAUGAUUGAAUUAUGUUAUUUGAGUUGUUACAGUUUUAUUUUGUAAAAUGAAAAGA